AUGCCUGCGACCAAGAAGCCUGCCAGCAAGCCAGCCAAGGAGAAGAACCCUCCCAAAAAGCCAACCAAGUGGACGGAGGAAGAGAGAAUCUUCCUUGCUGCCAUGAGGCUUGCGACCAACUGGAGUUGGGAAGAGAUCCGUGGCGAGCACGAGAAGGCUUUCGAGGGCAGAGGGCGAACCGCCAAGGACCUCGAAUCUCAAUAUAACAAGGCGCUCAAACCAAAACUCGACCGCGCCAAGGGAGACCGAACGUUCGCUGACGCCCUGGACGACUAUCGUCACUACGGGAAAGCGACACACCCUGACGACCAGCGGGUCAUCGAUCAGGCCCUCGAGUUCCUCGAGAGGCUUGAUAAAAAAGACCGCCUGUGGUGA